UUAACUCCUCAUAAAACCACUAGACAAUUCAUACUUACCCUUGCCUCAAAAACCAUACUAUAUAACACAUCUUAAACUUUUAUUAUUUGCAUAUACAAGUUCAUAAAUCCUUUGCAUAUUCUAGUUUAGCUCCAGAAAUUAGUCUCAACAAUUGUACUUAGAGAUAUCUGAUUUAUACAAAAAAAAAAUAUACAAGUUCAUAGUAAUCCAAUAUUUUUGUGAGAGAUGAAGAAGAAUGCGGAAUUCGAGCAUGUUCUUAGAUAUUUUGAUGAAGAUGGUGAUGGAAAUGUUUCACCAACAGAGCUAAGACAUAAGCUAAGAGUAAUGGGAGAAGAGCUUUUGUUGAAAGAAGUUGAAAUGGCUAUUGAAGCAAUGGAUUCAGAUGGUGAUGGUUAUUUGAGUUUGGAGGAUUUGAUUUGUUUGAUGGAGGAAGGUGGAGAGGAACAAAAGUUGAAGGAUUUGAGAGAAGCAUUUGAGAUGUAUGAUAGUGAAAAUUGUGGUUUUAUAACUCCAAAGAGUUUGAAGAGGAUGCUUAAGAAGAUGGGGGAAUCUAAGUCCAUUGAUGAAUGUAAAGCUAUGAUUAAGCAUUUUGAUUUGAAUGGUGAUGGUUUGCUUAGCUUUGAUGAAUUCACAGUAAUGAUGCAGUGAUAGUUAAUGCUAGUGCUGAGUUAGGCUCAGGGCGCGCCCGUGAGCAUGUGCGUGUGUAUGUAGGCAUAGCAGGCCUGGCCUGCAGUAGCGUGGCGUGCAAGUCCGUGCCUCUAGUGUGUGUGCGCUUACUUGUAUUAGACUAUAUGGCUUGUAACUCUAUAAAAGGCAUUGACUAAUGAUGAAUAAAUCAGAGAUUAUCCUUUGGAAUUAACAGUUAA